AUGGCUAAUAAAAUAGACGAUAGUGACAUAUUACAGUUAUUAGAUCUACCAUCAGGAUCUGAAGAUGAUUUUGAAAGUGACGUCGAUGAUGAUCAACUAGAUUUAUAUAAACCUGUUGUAGAUAAUAGUCAAUUUUCUGAUAUAAAUAUUUCAUCCCCCUCAACAUCCACUGAACCAGUUAUUAGAAAACAAAAUGUUUCAAAUAAUAAAAAAACUAGACAAUCUAAACAAACAAUCCCAGUUAUUGCAUCAGUACCUUCUAUACCAUCAAUUGAAGUGAAAAAUGUUGUUUGGACUGAAGUAUUGGGUAAUGAUUUGAUAAAAGCUACAAUGACUUUAAAUAUAUUUGAAAAAAUUAGAGCUAACCUUCAUUUUAAUGAUAAUUUAUCAACUUCUACUGGUCCAGGCAGAGAUAAAAUACAUACAAUUAGGCCACUUAUUGAAACGUUAAGAAAAAGAUUUAGUUCUAUACCAAUUGAAGAAAACUUGGCAGUUGAUGAACAAAUAUGUAGUACAAAAGAACGAAGUUCACUCAAAGUAUAUAUGCCCAAUAAACCUCAUAAAUGGGGUUACAAGUUUUUUGUUCUUAGUGGUGCCUCAGGUAUUGCAUAUAAUUUUGAGUUUUGUUCAGGUCAAGAAAAUAAUAGUGAAAGUAGAAAAGCAAGUGAGCCAGACCUAGGUGCUAGUGCAAAUGUUGUUAUGCGCCUUAGUGGAGUUAUACCUAAUAACCAAAAUUUUAAAUUAUUUUUUGGCAAUUAUUAUCCUACUUUGCCACUGUUAGUUUAUUUAAAAAAAAGAAAUAUAUUAUCUUUAGGCACUGUAAGAAGAAAUAGGUUAAAAAAUGUAAUGUUGCCAGAUGAUUCUAUUCUAAUGAAACAACCUAGGGGCACUACUGCCCAUUGUAUAUCCAAAGUGUUAGAUACAGACAUAGUUUCUGUCAUAUGGAAAGAUACAAAUAUUGUAAGUUUGCUGUCGACAUUUACUGCUAUAGACCCAGUUGUAAAA